CUUCAGGUUUAUCCCGCCUUACGCUCCUCAUUUUGGUGGUUUAUGGGAGGCAGGGAUAAAAUCAUGUAAGUUUCAUUUGAAACGUGUAAUCGGUAACGCGAACUUAACAUAUGAGAACUUAACAUACUCAGUACUGUAUUAACAUAAAUCGAGGCUGUCUUAAAUUCCCGUCCCCUAACUCCUAUGUCCUCUGAUCCCAACGAUUUUUCUCCUCUCACCCCAGCUCAUUUCCUAAUUGGACGACCGCUGAUCGCGCCUGCCAGCAAUCUCACUGCUUGGAACAACAGCUGUCUCACUCGCUACGAAAGGGUGGAGCAAAUGCGGGAACACUUCUGGAAGCGAUGGUCGAAGGAAUUUGUGUCGGAGCUCCAGCUCAGAACUAAGUGGAAACACAAUGCAGGCGACAUCUCUAUUGACACCCUGGUGCUUAUCAAAGAGGAUAAUCUCCCGCCUCUGAAGUGGAGAUUGGGGAGGAUUUUACGCACCUAUCCAGGCAAGGAUGGUGUUGCUUGUGUUACAGAUAUUCGCACAUCAACGGGCAUCGUUCAACGAGCUUUCUCAAAAAUCUGCCCGCUGCCGUUGCAGCCGGUAGACGAGGGCGCAACCAAAGAGGCCACAUCAUGCUGAAACCCUUUUUCUUUGGAAGUAGGUACUUCCAAGGCGGGGGCCAUGUUCAAGCGACAUCUAGUGGGCAGUGGUGCUUCUAAUGUGAAGUUGCCGCUUAUCAGCCAAUGAGAGGACGACGGGCGGGGGGACCUCGCCUAACUUCAUACGACUUUUUUUCUUUGUUCAAAAAUAUUUAAAUUGUAACGUUCAUCAUUUAUUCAUUCAUUAUUCGUUGUUAUUUGGUCAGACAAUACACGAAAUCUUUAUUAUA